GCUCGCAUUGCCGCUGACCUAAUCGAGCUGCGGAACAAGAGCGUGUUCGCGUUUUUUAUGUUCAAUGCGUUGUUCGUUCUGAUCGUAUUCUUGCUCCAGCUGAACAAAGAUCAGCUGCACGUUGUCUGGCCGCUCGGCGUCAGGACGAAUAUCACCUACAUCGAAGAGACCUCGGAGGUACACGUUACGAAGGAGUAUCUACAACUCGAACCUAUCGGUCUGGUAUUCGUAUUCUUCUUCGCGUUGAUAUUGGUCAUUCAAUUCACCGCGAUGCUGUUCCAUCGAUUUGGCACGUUCGCUCAUAUUCUAGCCAGCACCAGCUUAGAUUGGUACUGCUGCAAAAAGACCAAGGAUUUGUCGGAAGAGGCAUUAUUGUCGAAACACGCGGUGGAAAUAGUCAGGGAUUUGCAAAGAUUAGACGGCAUGGAGGGUGAUUAUGAGGAGGGAAGUGGCAGUGGUCCAGGCAGAAGGAAAACCAUAAGAAAUUUGGAAAAGAGCCGUAGAAAAACUCAGGCAAUCAAUACGCUCGAUGUUGCUUUCAGGCGACGAUUCUUCAAUGACGGCAAUGGUCUGCCAAGGAACAUGUCGACUAGAAGGUCCGCAAAGGCUUUUAAAGCUUUCGAGGGGCGUAGGAACAGCAUAAUGGCGAUGAGAAGGAAAUCACAGAUGCAAACGUUAGGGGCGAAUAACAUUUACGGCGUGGCGGGCAAUCCUUUAGGGAUACAAGGUCGCCCUUCAAGGAGCAGUCAAAUUUCUGUAAAGGACGUGUUCGAGGGACAUGCCAAUUCCGCUUACGAGCCCGACGAGAAUACCGGAAGUAGCCUCAGGCUUCACAAUCUAGGUCAAAGUACGUGGAGAGAAGCGAACACUAAUAUCUGA